AUGCCUGGCAAGACGCCAAACAACGGCAAAAAGCCCCUCGAGAACGGCGUCCAGAAGAAGGACAGCUCAAAGGCCAAGGGCAAGAAGGCCGUCAAGGACGGUGACGAGGAGAUGACGGUGGUCGUGCCUCCCUCCAAGUCGUCGAAAAAGUCGGCACAGGCCCCGGCUGAUGCUGAAGGCGACGUAGCGAUGGACGAGGAGGAGGAGGAGACCAAGGUUGACCCUGUGGUGCAGACAGUCGCAGAUAUCAAGAGCAACUUUGCCCUGUUAGACCGCGCCGUUGCUCUCUUUGACGCCAGAUUCUCCCUCCGCGCCCUGCGAUCCAUCUCCAUCAUCCGCAAGCGCUUGACUCCCGACAUUAUUGCCCAGGUCAUUUCCGAGACCUUCCCCGCGACCUCUAGCUCUGUAGAUAGCGCCAAGCAACUCCUGGCCGCUAUCGAGCGUGAGAAUGUCCCCCUGGGACGCCAGGCCGGAUCAGAGAUGGAUAUCGACGAGCCCAAGACCACACCCAAGAACGGCUCCAAGAAGGAGAAGGAGAACAAGGAUAUUAUUCCUGAGAUCGACGUCUUCCUCGGCAUCCUCGUCCAGGUCUACCUCUUCGACUCGAAGCAGUUCCAGCGCGGAGCCGACUUCUCCAAGUACCUGUCGGAACGGAUCCAGUCCCUCAACCGCCGCACUCUCGACUCGCUGUCGGCCAAGGUCUACUUCUACUACUCCAUCUUUUGCGAGCACAUUGCUCCUCUGCCCCCAUCUCCCCAUUCUCCCGUCGUCGCCAUUCGGCCGACUCUCCUCGCCGCCCUCCGAACUGCCGUGCUACGAAAGGAUGUCGACACACAAGCAUCAGUGAUUGUCCUGCUGCUGCGAAACUACCUCUCGACCUCGCAUAUCAACCAGGCUGAUCUCCUGGUCUCGCACACUCAGUUCCCCGAGAACGCUGUCAACAACCAGGUAGCACGAUUCCUCUACUACCUUGGCCGUAUCCGAGCCAUCCAGCUGCGCUACACUGAAGCGCACGAGCAUCUCACGGCGGCGACCCGAAAGGCUCCCUCCAGCAACUGUGCCCUGGGUUUCUCCCAGACAGCAACCAAGCUCUUGUAUGUGGUGGAGCUUCUGAUGGGAGAUAUCCCUGACAGGGCCAUGUUCCGACAGCCUACCAUGGAGAUUGCCCUCCACCCCUACUUCCUGCUGGUCAAGUCGGUGAGAGUUGGCAACCUUGAAGACUUUGAGACAACAAUUGCGGACCACGCCGACACUUUCCGACGGGAUGGUACUUACAGCCUCAUCCUGCGCCUCCGACAGAACGUCAUCAAGACAGGCAUUCGCAUGAUGUCUCUGUCAUACUCUCGCAUCUCCCUUCGGGAUAUCUGCAUCCGCCUGCAGCUUGGCAGCGAGGAGUCGGCCGAGUACAUUGUGGCCAAGGCGAUCCGCGACGGUGUGAUUGAGGCUACUCUGGACCGAGAGAGGGGCUUCAUGAAGAGCAAGGAGGUGGGCGAUGUGUAUGCCACCCGUGAGCCGGGUGAGGCGUUCCACGACCGAAUCCGAGCGUGUCUGUCUCUGCAUGAUGAGAGUGUCAAGGCUAUGCGAUUCCCCAUGAACCAGCACCGGCUGGAGCUGAAGAACGCCCAGGAGGCUCGGGAACGCGAGCGCGAGAUGGCCAAGGAGAUACAGGAGGGUGAUUUGGAUGAGGAUGAUCUCGGUGGCGACUUUGAUGGCAUCUAA